AUGGUUGCGCAAUACGACGGUCGCCUGGUGGCCCUGACCACGGAGACGCUGUCGGCGGCCGACCUGCCUGGCGUCGUCUCCCUAUCGGAGGUUGCCCCUGACGACCUCCAGAGCCGGCUCCGGGACGCCCUCUGGCAGCAGGACGUGCCCGUGCUGACCAGCUCGCCCCGCUUCCCGCCGGCCGACCGGCUCACCAUACUGCUGGCUGGCUCGCUGGGUCACGUGACGGCGGCGAAGACGCUACCCGACCACUGCACCUCCACCAUCAUAUCGGCGUUCGUCACCCCCGAUAACCGGACGCAGCUCUGUGGCUACCUCGGACAAACCCUGAACAUGCUCGCCGACAAGCUCAAUUUCAAGCCGGAGGUGAUAAGGAAGAACGGCUGUGGCGCACGAGCGACUGGCUCGCUGGACGGCCGGGUGUCGUGGCUGGUAGCAGGGCGUGGUGACUUCGGCGCCGGCACCUGCACCGUCGACGUCAUGCGCAGCGCGGCCGUCUACAUGGGCGAGUGGUUCUGGAGCGACGCCAUGUCCAUCGGCACCGCCCAGCCGGACCACGAGCACUCCGACUUCCUCGUGUUCGGCGUGCUCACGCCACGCCUGUGGGCGCUCUCAGCGCUGUACGUGCUGCUGUUCGCGGCCUCGCUGCGCAUGUUCCUCGGACAGGGCGACGACGUGACCAGCUCACAGCCGGCCACCAGGCUGCUCAUGAUCUUCAUCUACAUGAGCACGGUGACGCUGAUGUCAAUCUACGCGGGCAACCUGACGGCGUUCUUCUCCAUCGGCCGCUACUCGGCGGCCAUCGAGACGCUGGAGGAGCUGGCGGCGUCGCCAUUGGAGCCCCACAUCACCUUCGGCCACAGCCAAUACUACGUCUUCGAGAACGCCAGCAGCGGCGCGCGCGGCCGCAUCUGGCGCAAGAUAAGCGCCGAGUUCGUGUCGGCCCUGGUGCGCGGUGAGCUGGCGUUUUUCCAGAGUCAGCGUGCGCUGCUGCAGCGCGCCGACGACUACCUGUCGCGCACUGGGCAGCCGUCAGCGGCGCUCUGCCCGGUCCGGAUCGCGCGGCAGGCGGUGCGCCGCGACUUCUUCAGCCUCAUGUUCCCACACCACAGCCAGUACAGCGCGCUGUUCGACAGGGCCAUCCGGCGCCUGCGCUAUCAGGGCGUCAUCCAGCGCAUCUUCGGACAGGUGGCGGCCAACCGCUGUACGCGCUCGGCACCCCUGAGCCACGACGUCGCUCCGCUGGACCUCCACCGGCUGAUGGGCGCCUUCUACUUCUUGCUGGCCGGCAUGGGCGCGGCUCUGCUGGCGCUGGUGGCCGAGUGCUGCUUAGCCCGCAGGAGAAUCAGGCGUCACACAUAG